UUCAUCAUUUAAAUGAAAUCCAAGCUUAACUGGUUAUCCUAUUUUUUUCUCUGGCAACCCUACUCAGGAGACCCAGCUUUGAAAUUAAGUGGUUUCCUUAGGAUAAAGCAUUGGGAUUAGGGGAAACAAAGAGGCCACAUGAGCUCUGUGUGUGUUUUAAAGUUUGGAAUGAAGUUGAUUUCUUUCAUGCUAAAUAAGCAAUCAGACCACUCUGUCAGGAAUUCAAACUCGUGACCACCAUGGGACUCAAGAUCAAGAAAAACAUUUUUGAUGGUAAAGAUUAAGAGCCAAAGAAGCAAUCUUCACCCACACAGAGCCAGAGGACGGGCAGAGGACGGUAUCACCAAGGAAGGUAUCCUGUGUCUGAACCCUAGGAGAUGCCAGGACAAGAUGUUUACUAUGGUUACCCCAGGAAGGGGCACAGCCACUCUCACAUCACAACGGAAGAGGCUGCAGGAAUUGGCGUCUUGACAGUGGUCCUGGGAAUUUUACUGCUCAUCGGCUGCUGGUAUUGUAGAAGACGAAGUGGCUACAGAAUCCUGACGAACAAAAGUCCUCAUGCUGCUACUCAAAGUACAUCAAGAGAAAAAUACCUGCAUGAAGUACUUGGUUAUGAGAACAGUUGUCCAUCUCAGGAGAAAAAUUGUGACCCUCUGGUUCCCAAUGCUCCACCUGCCUACGAGAAACACUCUGCAGAACAGUCACCACCACCAUAUUCACCUUGAGAGCUAACUACUUGAGAAACGCUGAAAUGAUUUCCCUUUAUGCUUCUGCUUUAACUUAGUGUAGACAUCUAAUAAUCUUUCCCAGAAUGUUGAAACAACAAUGUAUUAUCUCUAAUAUUGUUGCAUUCUGAAAUGGGCCACUGAUAGUACUAAUCAAGUUAGGAAUGAUGAAAAAAUAUUAAAAUCGGAAGUUUCCCCAAUAAAUAUUACAGUGCAAACGCUA